UUGGGCUCAUUCCCACUCUGUAUUCUCCCACCUUCCGGCCAUGCUGGGCCUCAAUGGCACCCCCUUCCAGCCAGCCACUCUCCAGCUGACAGGCAUUCCUGGGAUGCAGACAGGUCAAGCCUGGAUUGCUCUGUUUUUCUGCAUCCUCUACCUGAUCUCCAUCAUAGGCAACCUCAGCAUCAUCACGGUGGUGAUUCGGGAGCCUGCUCUGCACCAGCCCAUGUACUACUUCCUCUCUAUGCUUUCUCUCAAUGAUUUGGGGGUGUCCUUCUCUACACUGCCCACAGUGCUUGCGACCUUCUGCUUCAACUACCGCCAUGUUGGCUUUGAUGCCUGCUUGGUUCAGAUGUUCUUCAUCCACACUUUCUCUUUCAUGGAAUCAGGUAUAUUGCUGGCCAUGAGCUUCGACCGUUUUGUGGCUAUUUGUGACCCACUACACUAUGCAACUGUGCUCACCAAUAGCCGCAUCUUGGCUAUGGGAUUGGGCAUCCUUGCCAAGAGUUUUACCACUCUCUUCCCUUUCCCCUUUCUGGUGAAACGACUGCCUUUCUGCAAGGGGAACGUUUUGCAUCACUCAUACUGCCUCCAUCCAGAUCUCAUGAAAGUGGCAUGUGGAGAUGUGCGUGUUAACAACAUCUAUGGGCUCUUUGUGGUCAUCUUCACCUACGGCAUAGACUCAACUUUUAUCUUACUUUCCUAUGUGUUGAUCCUCAAAGCUGUGUUAGCUAUUGCAUCUCAGGAGCAGCGACUCAAGGCACUCAACACCUGCAUGUCACACAUCUGUGCAGUGCUGGUCUUCUAUGUGCCUAUAAUUGCUGUGUCCAUGAUCCACCGUUUCUGGAAAAGUGCCCCAGCAGUUGUUCAUGUCAUGAUGUCCAAUGUCUACCUAUUUGUACCCCCAAUGCUCAACCCUAUAAUCUACAGUGUGAAGACAAAGGAGAUACGCAGAGGGAUCCUCAAGGUCUUUUAUAAAACCCAGAACUGAGGA